GAGAUGAACCUACUAUGAAAUACCAAUACCAUGGUCUCGCUCUUGUUCAUUUCCUUGGCAUUCAAAUGCCCAACAUUUUCACGCAAGACCCGCAUGGAAUCUUCCCAACCCAGAACUCUACGCGACCGCUUCUCCAUGUCUGCUUCGAGAGAAGCUCGUUGUCGUUUAAGCAACGACGGCUGUGAAGAAGCUCAUCAGUCUCUCAUUACGUUGCGGGAAUGGCAGGAUUGGGGCACCACAUCUCCUGUUCCCAUGGCGGUCACGAGAAUCGUCGAGGAUUUCAAGAGUUUGGAGACAGAGAUCGAUGCCCAGAUGAGCUUUGGUGGUCAUCAUGGCAAACUCCAGGGUACUUUUAAAAUUCAGGAGGACAAGAAACACCGAGCAACAUAUCAGGCUCUUGGAAAUUCUGAACAGAAGCUCCAAUUCUUCUCAGCUCGACAAAUAGCAUGUCGCUUGCUUGGAAGUAGGGGUUACCUUUGUCAAAAGUGUUGGCUACCUUAUGAAGAUUGUAUGUGUUUGAGAGUCAUGCCUUGCAAGCUUUGGAAUGGAUUGAGGUUCUGGUUGUAUAUGCAUCCCAAGGAUUUCUUAAGGCAGAAUAACACUGGCAAGCUGUUGUGGCAGUUAUUUGGUGUUCAAGUAGCAACUCUGUGCCUUUUUGGCAUUGCUGAACAUGAGGAAAUGAUGUGGAAUGCAUUUAAGCAUGCGGGAAAGCACAAGGUUUGGUGCCUUUAUCCGAAUAAGAAUGCAGUGGUCAAAUCAGUUCAGGAAGCUUUUAGUCAAUUGUCUUCGGUAAACCUGGAAUCCACAGAAACUACGACAAAUAAAGAUGAAACCCUGAACUUUAUCCUGAUUGAUGGUACAUGGAGCAACUCUGCCGCAAUGUUCAGACGAUUGAAGGAUCAAGCCAAGUCAAUAUGGGGGGAAGAAGAUAUUCCGUGUAUAUCGUUGGCCACGGGUGCUUCUACAAUGCAUAAACUUCGGCCCCAACCAUCAUGGGAUCGUACCUGUACAGCCGCAGCAGCUAUUGGCCUCCUCUCUGAGCUGCAACUUCUUCCAAAGUUCAGCUCCUGUGGGUUGGAUAAACAGGCAGAAGCCAUUGAGGAUGCUUUGGUUGUCCUAUUAGACGCUCUCACAGCUCGACGACUCCGGAUGGGUAGGUCCAUCACACGUAAAAUACGGCACACCAGCGACAUAUGUUAAUAACUACCCAAGAAUAAGUUUAUGCAGGCGCAGCAACAGGAGGAAACCUUUUUGAAAUGCUGAGGUGAUUUUGUUGAAUCUAGUACGAGAUCUCAUAAAUGAAAUGCUAAUUUCUUUUGCUAACUGAUAUUAGAACAAAACUCAACUAAAUUAUGGUUGAUGUUUUUCUUU